AUGUCAACAGCUGCCAAAACCGCCAUCUUCCCCGCUUCGGGUGGACUUGGAGGAAGUACUUCCAAGCAUCUUCUUGACAACCUGGCGGCGACUGAAAUCGUCCUUAUCGCUCGCAAUCCACAGAAGAUCUCGCAAAACUGGAUAGAUGCUGGUAUUGAAACUCGCUACGCAGAUUACGACAAGGAAGACUCACUCAAGAAUGUCUUUGUUGGAGUCAAACAUCUAAACCUUAUUUCUUAUGCGAGUAUUGAACACGAGCAUAGAUUCGAGGUUCACAAACUUGCCAUCGACGAGGCAAUCCGCAAUGGUGUUAGUCACAUCACCUAUAGCUCUCUCGCUUUUGGUGGUGAUGGCAACACAGCUUCUCUGGCAUAUGUCAUGCAAGCUCAUCUCGACACUGAGACUUAUCUUGCAAAACUUGCGAGCACCAAUCUAGACUUCAGCUACACCAUUGUGCGCCAAGGUCUUUAUGCAGAGAGUUUCCCUCUAUAUACCGCUUUCUUUGACCUCAAGGACCCUUCUGGACAGAUCUGCAUUCCUCACGAUGGCAAGGGCCCUGGUAUCGCAUGGGCCAAGCAAGACGAGCUUGGUGAAGCAACUGCAAAGAUCAUCGCAGAGACCACGAACAAAGGUCGCAAGUCAUUAUACAUCAACCGCACUAUCCUUCUUUCUGGUCCCAGAGACUGGUCGUUGGAAGCUUCUGUAGAGGUCUUGGCCACUGCGGCUGGAGUCUCGACCAAAAUCAAAGAGGUUACAAAGGAAGAGUACGCUGCUCAACCUUCCAUAAAUGGUGCUUCGGGCUAUGGAUCUGGAGAAGCUGGCAUUCAAUGGGCUACCGCAUUUGAUGCUAUCAGAGCGGGUGAAGCGUGUGUGGCAAGAUCUACUCUUGGGGAUCUGCUCGGUCGAGAACCAGAGGCAUUUGACGUGACGAUCUUGAAGAUGGCAGUGACCUCGAACUGA